GCGGCCUUUCUGCACUCUUUCCUUUUUUUCUCAAAUUUCUUCCUCUCCUUUUUGUGCAAAAUUGUUUUCGGUGUUCUUGCCGAUUCAAAACCGUAGCCCGAUUGCGUACUGUGCGCGAGGAUCGAUUCCGCCUCCAUUUGUACCCUUUCCUGCAGCCUGUGGCGUUUGCGUUGAUAAGUUUGCAAAGGAUUUGGCCUUUUAGGACACUUGUUUUGCUGUGAAACUUUUAUUCAGUUUUCUGUCAUGACUCAGUCAUGAUAUAUGGAUAAGUUUGAGUGAAACUGAAUUUCAGGAAUUUUUCUUUAUUAUUAUUAUUGUUAUAAGAAAGACGAUCAGCAUAUUAAUGCUCCGCAGCUAGAAUUCGGGCGUCAACCAUCUAUGCCUAGCAACGAUAUUGGAGAUAGGGUUCACAACUUUUUUGCACAAGACAAUUUAUCACCAGGGCACCAUCAUUCACAAGUUGUUGAAGGAAAUUGGUCGGUGUUGAACAGCAACUUUUGGGUUGGCAGCCAAGGACAAGUUGACCAAUUGAGUGCAAAUAGCAAAAACUAUAAUUCACAAAACGCAGAUGCAGAUAGAGGAGAGGCUGGUUAUUCCCUUCAUGCUUCGAGUGGCUUCAAUUUAACCCCGGCAUUUUUGAGGCCCGAUUUCCCUAAAAAUCUGCCUCAGAACGAACAGCCUAAUUUGAAUGGCUUCAUAUAUGCAAAUCAGUUUCACCAGACUAGACAGAAUGAAGCAAACUUUUUGGGAAUGGAUACAGGUUCUGAAAAUCCUCAUUUAGUAACCUCACGAGGGCUAUUGACUUCUGAUGUGCUGCCAGGGGGAUCUUAUCAUCAGACAAGAGCUCCGGAUGGAUCGGAAGCAUCUCCUAUGAGUUUUGAUCUUUUUGGUGGUCAGGCACAGAUAAACCAUCAGCAAUCAACCGCUACCCUGCCUUUGCUACACCAGCACUCUGGUAUCAAUGAUAUAGAUCAACUACAGCAGCAACUCAUGAUCAAGAAAUUACAAGAGAUUCGAAUGCAGCAGCAACAUAAUCGCCAACUUGAUUUAAGACAGCAAUAUUUGAGUGGCCAGGUUCCCUCCUUUUUGAAACAGAGUGCAGGUGGUCAGUCUGCAUUGGGUAAUGGGACUUCAUAUUCUGACACAUCAACGUACCCUUGGACAGUUGCGACUGGUACAAGUUGGCUAAAUAACGGUUCUUCAAGCAUACAAGGAUCUCCCAGUGAUCUUGGUUUUCCAUCUAAUCUUGGUCAGACACAAGGCACUGUGGAUUUGUUGCCACAACAGGCUGAUCAAUCCCUUUAUGGAGUUCCUGUAUCGAGUUCAAGGGGUUUAAACAUAAACCAGCUUUCCCAAAUUGUUGCAAACAGAGCUGCAAUACCUCAAAUGUCAAUCUCUAAUAAUUUUCAAGGUAAUCAGCCUAAGUUAUUGCCAGAGCAGGUUGGUUUACAGGGUGAAUUUCCAGCAGCCAAGCUUAGAUUUGAGAAUGACAACAUGUUUGGACAUAGUUCCAAGCAAUCCCAGGGUUCCGCCGUAGGAAAUAUGACAGGUGUUCAGCGAAUGAAUUCUUUGUCUAGAAAUAGACCACAGAAGGAGAGUUCACAGGAAGAAUCCACCAGGCCAGUUGCUUUAUCUCAAAAUGAAGUUGCCCUAGAUCCAACAGAAGAGAAAAUUCUUUUUGGUUCAGAUGAUAAUAUAUGGGCUGCUUUCGGAAAGGUACCUGAUGCUACUGGAGAAGCUAGCAAUAUGUUUGAUAAUGAUGGCACAAAUGGCAUACCUUCUCUUCAAAUUGGCAGCUGGAGUGCUCUUAUGCAAUCAGCUGUUGCUGAAACUUCUGGCAGUGAUAUGGUGCCACAGGAGGAAUGGGGUGGUUUGACUUUUCAGAAAAUUGAUGGUCCUUCAUGGAGUCAGCCACAUUCGUUGUCCCAUAAUAACUUAAAAAAAGAAACAUCUUUAGCUGAUGACUUUCAGAAAGCACCUUCAGCAUUGAAUAGUAGACCCUUUCUCUCUUCGGAUCAGAUAUCAAAUAAUGCCAUGGCAUUGAAGCCUCAUAGGCAGAAGUUUCAAAAUGAAUCUGGCCAGAGACAGCAUAAUGAGGUGUCUCAAAUGUUCUUCCCGUCACUGGGAGAAGCUGAUAAGUUGUCCAAUGGUGGUCCACUACAAAAUUCGAUUGCUGAAGGAAGUCAGUAUAGAGAUGCUUCACAUCCACUUCAAGGAGACAGAGAUGAUAAAACAAUUCGGUUUCCUGGACAAACUGGGACCAUGGAACGAUCAAAUGGUUGGAAUGCUACAGCAGCAAUGCCACCUGAAGGAAGUAGGGUGACUAAUAAUGAUCCUGAAAUGUUGCAGCAAAAUUCUAGAAGCAGUCAUGUUGGGGGAUUCCAAGGAGAAGUUCUCCACGGAAGUUCUUUAUUAAAGUCUAAUUCUGUUCCCAGUUCUACUAUGGAGUUGGGUAACAUGAAAUCCAGGGUUAGCAAUCCCCAAGUGAAUCAGGGAGUUUUAAGUUUGAAAAAUACUCCUUCUGUAGAUAAUUCAUGUAAUGUGGGGAUAAGUGAUGAAACGGGUCCUCAACCACAGAAUAGUUAUUCACUUAACCAGUGGAAAAAUGUGCAUCUUUCUGCUAGAUCCCAGAGUGGUGAAAACGUGGGGAGACUGCUGAAUCAGGCUAAUGAUCCCAGUCAGGUUUUAAGAUCAGUGAGUUCCCAUAAGAAGGAUGAAGUUGCAAGAUUUGAGAUAGAGAAUCAUGAUGUAAAGGAAAACUCUAAUGAAAGUCACCACUCAAACUUGUCUCAACCUUCCUUUGACGGCUUCAGAGAAGGUGGAGUGCCAAAUUCAACUGAUUCACGGCCUCUUUCUCAAUUGUCAAGAAAGAAUUCUGCUCCUCGCAAGUUUCAGUAUCAUCCCAUGGGAAAUGUGGGUGAGGAUGUGAAACCUGCCUAUGAUCUGAAGCAGCCAUCCCAUGUACAUAAUAUGCUCCAGAAUAGUUCCCAUUUUGGCCAAUCAAAAAUGUUUCGACAGGUUUCACGAAAUUCCAUGCAGAUCAAAAAGGGGCAAUCCUCUGAGCUUCAAAGAGAUGUUAAAGGUUCUGAUGAGGAACCAUUACAGGGCAACUGUUCUGGUCAAAUGCCUAACAGACAAGUUUCCCGCACUCAAACUUUUGACACCUUAAGCAAUUCGUCUACACCGAGUCAAAACAUGCUGGAGCUUUUUAACAAGGUUGAUCACUCAAGAAAUCAUGGUUCUGGGAUGCAGCUCAACUCUGCUGAGCCAUCAUCACAGCUACCUGUAGUGGAAAAGUACAAUGGCUUCAGUCACAUCCAGCACAGCCAGUCUCAUGCCUCUCAAGGUUUUGGUUUGCAACUUGGUCCUCCCUCUCAAGGGUUGCAGAUUUCUGAACACCCAUUAUCUUCUGAAAAUGGUCAAGGUACAUUAAAUUCAAUGUGCUCAAAAAAUGGUGUUGCUGAUAGAGAAGAUAAGGGCCAUGAGAUGGUUGCCAACAAUUCUGUUCAGUCUCUGCCUUCUUCUGAAGAAAAGCAGCCAGAGUUCAAACUUAAUAUGUCAACAAUUCCGGAGCAUGGGCGAAGUGGAAAUUCUCCGUGUAAGACACCCGAAAAUGUUGCUUUGUUGUUCGGAUCUGGGCUUCCUUAUUUAAGAAGUAACGAUCAACAUCCGCAAAUAGCAAGGGUAAGUGGACAAAUGCUAUUGAAUCAGCACGCUGAAUCUCUCAGUGAAAAUGCUUCCUAUCCUUCUGGGAGGUUUCAACAAGAUAAUCAUACUUCAUUUGGGUCUGUGUCUCGAAAUAAUGGUCCAAAUGUUGUACAGGAAAGAGUUCUGAGUGGAAAUAUAGAAAGCAGGGAUUGUUAUCAAACUUCUCAUCAUUUCGUGACACCUGUCCUUUCACAACAGAACAAUUCCAUAGGAAUGUUGCAGCAGGUGGUCUCCAAUGUUCCUGUACAAAAGCAAAAUACGAGUGCUAGAAUUCAGCAAAUUUCAUCAGAGAGUUUGGAAUUUCCCAAGCCAAACAUUGUGGAAUCAAGUGCCCCUUCCAUGCAUGAUCAUGUGAACUCUCAAGGAGUUGGUGAAGUGCAAAGGUUAAAGAAAAGUACCACUCAGCAGGUGGCAUCUUUGAACACUGAAGUAGUUCCUGAGAUGAAAAACUCAUUAGGAAAAACGCCCAUCUUGAAAAAGCAUUUGGAUGAUUCACCUUCUAGUUCUAUAAUGAUGCAGAAGGAUAUUGAAGCCUUUGGCCAAUCUUUGAAACAUAAUAGCUUCUCUCACCAAAAUUAUUCAUUACUACACCAAAUGCAGGCUGCAAAGGAUGCAGAGAGUGAUUUAAGUAAUAGAGCUUCAAAGAGAACAAAAGAUUUGGAAAAUGUUGACGAUGUCCAUCAUGCUAGUUCUAAGCCGGGGCAGCAAUGUGAACCGAGUAAUGGAGAUUCCUUGGGCUCUAGCAUGCCAGCUGACUUGUUGCAGAGAAAUCCUUCCCAAGAUGGGAAUGUAGCCCUACAUGAUGCUUUGGCACUUAAUCAGGAUACUUCUCAGAGCAAUUCUUGCAAUGAUGUUUUGACUACUUCUAGAGUUGAUCAUCAUCAGAUUAGUCCCCAGAUGGCACCAUCAUGGUUCAGCCAGUAUGGGUCUUUAAAAAAUGGCGCAAUGCUGCAACCAUAUGAUGCUCUCAAAGUCAACCCCUCAAGACCAGGAGAACAAUCUUUGGCACCUCUGAAGUUUUCCAGUGGCUUCCAUAUUUUUAAUUCAGAUGAGAAAAGAACAGUUCAACCCAUUGAUGCAUGUCAAAAUAGUAACAACCAUCAAAAUUUGUUAGCAUCAUCAAUUGCUAGUGGAAGUGUCACUUCCCUUAAGUUGUUGCAGUUGAAUGUUACGGAUCAAAAUCUGGGGGUUUUGAGAUCCAAGAAGCGCAAAAGUCCUACUUUGGAUCUUCAUCCUUGGCACAAAGAAAUUUCAGAGGUUUCACAAGAUCUUGUUGCUCACAGCAUGGCAGAGUCGGACUGGGAUAAUGCUUCACAUUGUCUUACUGGCAAAGUUUCUGAUGAUGCAGAUCUGAUUGAUGAUGGAUCCCCAGUACUUAGAUGUAAAAGAAGGCUUAUUUUGACAACAAGACUCAUGCAGAAAUUGCUUCAUUCUCCAGUAGCAGCUAUUCUCUCUGCUGAUGCCAGUACUAGUUAUGAUGUCCUCGUUUAUGCUGCCACCAGGAUCGCUCUAGGAGAUGCUUGCAGUACAGUUUAUCACUUGAGCAACUUGGAUGUGGCUGACGGCAAGAACCUACAUCCCUCAAAAGGAAAAAUAUCAGUGAGAAAUGGUGUCCGGUGUAAUGCUAAAGGUGAUGAAAAGCUGAUGGAAAGAAUCGGGAAACUGAAAAAUGGUUUCUUGAGGCUUGACAAGAGUGCAUCAAUUCUUGACUUAAGAUUAGAAUGUCAAGAUCUGGAGAAGUACUCAGUGAUAAACCGAUUUGCAAGAUUUCAUGGGCGUGGACAGGGUGAUAAUCCUGACACAUCUUCAGCUAAUGCAACUGCAGCUAGUCAAAGACCUAUACCGCAAAGAUAUGUAACGGCUCUUCCCUUGCCUAAAAACAUUCCCGAUGGUGUACAAUGUCUAUUGCUAUAAUACUUAAAUUUUAUGGGCUUUCCUUGGUUUUGGCUCGAUUGUCUCGUAUCGUUUGUAUACUCAAACUUCACAAAAAGCCAGUCAAACCACAGAAUGGAAUUUGCAGAGGGGGUAUGAUAUCUUCCUCAAUAUUGGUGGUGCUUAAUCUUCUCCAUUUUAAGCCCUUAAUAUUAUUCUUGAGAAAUGUGGUUCCAUUCAUGUAUUGCUUUCGAUAUUGAGUUAAUUAUCAGUCCAUUUUUGCGAUGAGCUUGAUAAUAUGAGUGCAUCCAGGUUAAUCAUUCAUACGGCCAAUCAGUCUAGAAAGUAAAUGAUAUAUAAACCUUGCCAUGUUCUCCUUUUAUUGAGGUCAUUGUAUAUGAUCUUUAUGUUUAGCCAAUGCAACAAGGUUUGGAGCUGCUCCUGGUUGGCAUGCAUUUCGGAUUUCCAACAGAGCCGAGUAAGGAAAAUGGAGAGCAUGCUAAGGAUGUGCAGCAGAGCUCCAUAGUCUAUUGCAGUUCUUGCAAUUGCAUCCUAUCAUUCAAUGCACGACGGGUUCUAACUUUCUGUUGCGGCUCUUGUGAGUAUACUGAACUUUUUUAAUGCACCAUUGGUUUUAACCUGUUGUGGCUCUUCCGUUACGUGGGCUUUGUUUUAUAUGCACGAUAGUUUUUAGCCUUUGUUGGUAGUAGUUCCCUAGGGUUCAGUACCAAACGUUUAGUUUUGCAUAUUUGAAAUUGUUCAUGCACGGUGUCUUAUUAAAAAGUCGGGACUAUUGUUAUUAGUAUGCAUCUUUAAGUCUAUAAUCUUAAGAGUUGGGAUGAGUUUUAAGGGUAUGUUUCCUUUGAUGGGUUUGAAAAAAAUUUAAUAUGAGUUUGGUAUUAAAAUAAUAUAUGAUGAGAUAUUUUGUGAGAUAAAAAUGUGUAUUUUCUUUCGGAAAAAAUAGAAUCUAAAUAGUAGAAAUCUGAGAUCUAGAGUGUAAAGAAACAAAGUUUACAAUAAUGCCGAGCGUAGGAAGUGGUACUCUUUAAUUGGAAGGUUAUAGAUCAUUGCUCUUUCGUUAUUUUCACUUGUAAGAUCAAAUUUUUUACUCUUUUGUUAUUUCCGCUCGUAAAACUCAACAAGGUAAAUCACGGGUCGUAGUUAAAACCUGAAGGCAUCAGGGUUUUGAAUCUACUAUAACUUCUUAGAGUUCAAUACACAACACUGAGCCAUUAUGUUUAUUUUUUUUUCUUUACACCACUACACCAAAAAAAAAAAAAAAGAA